UAAGCCUAUGCGUGUAUUUAAGAACUGGAUUUGUUUGUUGCACGAUUCCCCAAAACGGAGCUACGACGAACAAAUCGAGAUAGAUUGGUUCAAUCUGACUUUAUUUGCUAGGCCUAUUAUUUUCAAAUUCAUCUAAAUUUUAGCAUUGAAAAUGGAGUCUCAGCAGGUCACACCUGGAUCCAUUGCCAAUCCGGUAAAAUUUGGGGGGCAGGACUAUGUAGCUCUCCUAGAUGCGUGCGUUAAAUCCGGUUCGCUGUUCUCUGACCCAACCUUCGCCCCGGACCAGAGCUCCAUCGGUAUGCCUACCGACCCAGACCCCAAAAAGGAGAUCAAGUGGCUGCGACCCAAGGAGAUCAGUGCCAAUGCUGUGUUUGUGGAGGACACGACGUGUACCACCGAUAUCUGCCAGGGCCAGCUGGGUGACUGUUGGCUUCUGGCUGCCCUGUCCUGCCUUACCAUGCACCCCCAUCUCUUUGUCAAAGUGGUACCACCUAAUCAGAGCCUGACAGAAUCCUAUGCUGGCAUCUUCCACUUCAUGUUCUGGCAGUAUGGUGAGUGGGUGGAGGUGGUAGUGGAUGACAGGCUACCUGUACGCGAGGGCCGCCUGCUCUUCAGCUACUCCUGUACCCGCAACGAGUACUGGAGCGCCCUGGUGGAGAAAGCCUAUGCCAAGCUGAUCGGGUCGUAUAGCAGUCUGAAGGGAGGUAAUAUCUCUGAGGCAAUGGAGGACUUCACAGGUGGCAUAGCCUACUCCCUCCCUGUCUCCUCACGCACCCCAAGGGUCAUGUGGAAAGCCCUCUCUGCUGCCCUGUCCCGUGGCAGCCUGCUCAGCUGCUUCAUACAGGCUAGUAACUACCGUGAGAUAGGCACAGUGACUGCAGAGGGACUGGUGAAGGGCCAUGCCUACGCCAUCACAGACACUGACACGGUGAAGAAGCCGGAUGGUGAGGCCUUGUUGCUACGGCUGAGGAAUCCCUGGGGCUUUGUGGAGUACUCUGGACCCUGGAGUGACAAGAGUAAAGACUGGGACGAUGUGAAUGCUGCUGAAAAGAAAAGGAUUGAGCUGAAAAAGAGUGAGGAUGGAGAAUUCUGGAUGAAUGUGGAGGACUUCACCAGGCUGUUUGACACAGUGGAGCUGUGUAGCGUGAACCCUGAACCCAUAGUGGACGGGGAAACACCCGACUCCCCUGCCGCCCCCACCUCUGCAUGGACACUCAGCUCCCACAAAGGAUCCUGGGUACCGGGCUCCACCGCAGGGGGCAGUCGUAGUUACCGUCGAUCAUUCUGGAAGAAUCCCCAGUUCCAGCUUGUCCUUGCCGAGCAGGACAAGGAAGAAGAAGAUGAUGAUAAUGAUGAAGAUGAGGAUGAAGAGAUGACCCCGGAGGAGAAGAUGGUGGCAGAGAAGCAGAAGAAGAAAGCAAAGCAGUGCACCGUGCUGGUGGAACUACUGCAGAAAGACCGGAGAAAGAGGAAUAAAAUGAACUUUCUCCACAUCGCCUUCCAUAUCUACAGGGUGAGAGAGAGAGAGAGAAUGUGUUGUAUGUGCUGUGAAUGUGAACGUUCUACAUUUUCAGUUAAUAUGAUGUCUUUCCUGUAUCUGCAGGUUCCUCCAGAGCUCCAGGGCCUGUGUUUGGACCAGAGUUUCUUCUCUAACCAGCACCCUGUGGGGCGCUCUGGGAAGUACCAGCCCCUCAGGGCUGUGUGGAGGAAGGUGAGGCUGGACCCGGGAAACUACGUGAUCCUGGCCUCCACCUACAGGCCCAACGUGCCUGCGGAAUUCUUCCUCCGCGUCUACUCCAAGACUGGGAACAAUCUGGGGACCCAAGACUUCACUUGCUCCACUGGCUUCCUCAUGGUCAUGUCAAUGCCACCAGUCUUGCCAGAGGAUCGCAAGAGAGUACAGAAGGCCUUUGAUGAGGUGGCGGGGCCGGAUGACAAGCUGAAUGCUAAGGAGUUCAUGAAGCUGGUUAACUCAGUUCUGGAGAAAGACUACCAGCUGCCACUGGAGACAUGCAGACAGCUCAUCUUUGGAGAGGAAACUGGGGGGCGUAGCAGUCUGACCCGAGAGCAGACAGAGCCUGUGCUGGCCUCUCUUCGCAGUCUGCAGUCCAUCUUCUUCAAGUUUGAUCAGGACUCUUCAGGGACUAUGAGCCCCUUUGAGCUUAGUCUGGCCCUCCAGGCUGCUGGUGUGCAGUGUGAUGGCCAGGUCAUACAGCUGCUGUGGGAGAGGUUUGGCUCUGGGGAGCUGCACCUGCCUUUCCAUGGCUUUGUGACCUGUGUCUCCAGGCUGCGCAAGCUAUUUGCCUUGCUUAAAUCAGAGAGCAACCCAGAGAUCAAAGGCGUAGAAAUCAAUGCCUGGCUGCUCCGACUCCUGACCGUGUGAGAGUGCUCUGUAAAUGGGGUUUCUGCGUGGGCACUGCAGGGUCAUUCUGUCUGACCAGGACCAUAUGAUAACAUCAUGCCUCCUGGGGCGCCCUCGUCCACACAACACACACAGGCGCGCGCACACACACACACAAACAUCCCCUGGCCUUUGUCAGCAUACGAUACCCCGCUGCUAUAGGAACUGUCACAUUAGCAGUGUCGGAAUAACAGCCUCAAAGCAGUAUGUGAUGACGAUGUCACACAGCACAUUAUAUUCUACUAUAAUGUACAGCGCUGUCACUCUCUACUGCCAUAUUGUGUAGUGCUUUACAUAUAUUGUGUAGUGCUUUACAUAUUUACACUACAUUACAUAUAGUGCUUUACAUGUAUUUACAUGGAGUUACACCCCCUCUAACCUGGCACCUACUACCAUACCCCGUUCAAAGGCACUUCAAUCUUUUGUCUUGCCCAUUCAACCUCUGAAUGGCACAUAUUACACAAUCCAUGUCUCAGUCUCAAGGCUUACAGAUCCUUCUUUAACCUGUCUCCUCCAACUAAUCUACACUCAAGUGUAUAUCAACUAUUUCAGCUAAAUAUUUCCAGUAUUCCUGUUAUAUAUAUUCAGUAUUACAGCCAAGUAUUCAUGUUCCCUCUUUCAUCGUUUGACUUUUAAAUAGUGAAAAUGUAGUUAAACUGUUGAAAUUUAUAAUAAAAUGUAUCCCAAAAUAAAAAUCUGCCUCGAUA